ACUGAGGCAGAGACAGAGGGACAGGGACACAGACAGGGAGAGGGACACACACAGACACAGACAGGGAGAGGGACACAGACACACAGACACAGACACAGACACAGACACAGAGAGACACAGACACACAGACACAGACAGGGAGAGGGACACACACAGACACAGACAGGGAGAGGGACACAGACACAGAGAGACACAGACACAGAGACAGAGGCACAGGGACACACACAGGGAGAGGGAGACACACAGACACAGAGAGACACAGACACAGACAGGGAGAGGGAGACACAGACACAGAGAGACACAGACACACAGACACAGACAGGGAGAGGGACACACACAGACACACAGACACAGACACAGACAGGGAGAGGGAGACACAGAGAGACACACAGACAGGGAGAGGGUGUGAGUCGGCCCGCUCCCCGGGGAAGGAAGGGGCUGUGUGCCGGGGAGAAGCCGCUCCGGGAUGACUGUGGCCGGGAUUGACAGCCAGCGCCUGCGGAGUUUACUCCGGAAACAGCGGGGCCGGAGGCUGAUCCUGGAUUGCAGGCCGUUGCUCUCCUUCUCCGCUUCCCAUGUUCACGGCUCCCUCAGUGUCAGCCUCAACUCGCUGCUGGUCCGCAGGGCCCGAGGAGGAUCGCUCCCUCUCCACUUCAUCAUCCCGGAUGAGAAAGCACGGGCCCGGCUGCGGGAGGGCCGAGUGGCCACCGUGGUGAUCCUGGAUGAGAGGAGCCCACAGAGAGGCACUAAAGGCAGCAUCGCCCAGAUCGUGUUCAACACCUUAACCGGGGUCAGCCCGAGGGUGAAGAUUUACCUCCUGAAAGGAGGUUAUGAAGACUUUCACUCUCAGUAUCCAGAAUGUUGCACUGAGCUAACGCCUGGCAUGAACUACACCAGUGUGCAAGAGGUUAAAGAAACUGAUGCAAGCCCUACAAACCAACAUGACAAGCCUUGUAGCAACCACAGACCAGUCUAUGAUCAGGGGAAACCUGUUGAAAUCCUGCCUUUUCUGUACCUGGGUAGUGCCUACCAUGCCUCCAGACCUGACUUUCUAGAUGAUCUCCAUAUCACUGCUUUGCUGAAUGUCUCUCGCGACUGUGCAGAAUACUUCAAAAGCAAAUAUCAUUAUAAAUUCAUUCCUGUAGAAGACACUGCAACUGCAGACAUGAGUUCCCAUUUCCAGGAAGCAAUAGAUUUCAUUGAUCACGUGAGGCACACAGGAGGGAAAGUGUUGGUCCACUGUGAGGCAGGAAUCUCUCGCUCACCCACCAUCUGCUUGGCUUAUCUGAUGAGAUCCAAGGAGCUACGGUUAGAAGAAGCCUUUGACUACAUUAAAGAGCGAAGGAAUACCAUUUCUCCCAAUUUUGGCUUUAUGAACCAGCUAUUGCAAUAUGAAUCUGAAAUCCUCUCCCUCACCCCAACCAUCCAACCGUGCAAAAGAGAGACUGUCUCCUGCUCUGCUGAAGAACUGACCUACAACAAAAGUUUGGAAAGUUCGGUCUAUACUUUCCCCAGUUCACUUUUGAGUACAGUGCCAAUGCCAUCACCAGCUCGCCCGUUUGAGUUCAGCCCGAUAAAGGUAUCUCUGUCUUGCUGAAAUACAAAUCAAUGUCCAAAAUCAUCAAAUGGAGGAAACCUAACUGAAGGAUCACUAAAACUGAUACAUCAUUGAUGGUGGAUCCUGGUUGAUUUCCCGUGGUUUAUCAGGUCCUACAGUAUUUUGUGUUUACCAAACUCUGCUUCUUACGAUUGUCCAACCAGAUCAGCACAUCCUUCCUGUAGACUGUUGGAACUCAUUGCUGAGUCACCAUGAAGAAGGAAGGCCAUAGUAACAUAAGCACAUGGUGAGAGAAUGGGAAGGCCGUUCUAACUCUGUAUCGUACAUAAAUGAGGCUUACACUCACUCUCAUGGCUACAUGUACUGCAUUAGAUCAGCAUUGUCCCAGCCUUGCUUGGCUGGGCCUUUUCAUUGUUCUGUGGCUUAAGUAUUCUGAGUAACUUAAUGCAAACCAAAGACCCUGUUGACAGUGUAUUCAAUGCUUCUGUAUUUAUUCAUUCGUACCAAUUCAGGGUCAUGUGUUCUCGUCUUAGUAUCAAACAUAUGCAUGACAGUCUGUGUUUUUAAAUGUGAAGCUUUGUUCUAGAUAUUAACAACAUGUUGUUCUGUAUUGAAGAGCCAUGACACACCAGAUCAGAGGGAGGCAGAGUGAGAAACUUUGAUCAUCUUUGGUCAUGAUCUGAGCUCAGGGGCAAAGGCUAAGUGACCCUGUGCAGGCUUUCUGUGGGAGCUCUGGCUGCUGGGUUGAUAGUCUCCUUUAAACAUUGUGCUCCCAACAUCUUGCUCCCCGUCCAUACCACCUCUCUCUGUCUAGGGCCACCCUCUCUCCCUGGCUUCUCCACCUUCUGCCCACCUCACCAGGACUCCGCUCUACUCACGCCCUCAGACCAUUGCACUUACCUGUCCGAGGAGUCCAGAUCUGGAGUAGCACCAUUCCUGAUUGGCUCACAGUUCCUCUAGAGUGAGGAAUAAAGAUCCCAUCUUGACAGCAGUGUCGGGAACUGUGUGGUCCCUACAGAUUCCUCGCCUCUGGUAGUAGAGAUCUAGCCAUUCUCCUGAUCUCAGCCGCAGUGUGCAGCAUCAAAAUCUCUCUCCACCUACUCCAUGGAGGUUUCAACACCUUCCUGUUCAUUCCAAGGGGCUAUAGCUGUGCUCCAUUACUACACACAGAUUAAUCGACAGCAUAUCACUGAACACUUCUGAAAAAAGACAGAACUUUGUAAUUAAACCAAUCUUUUAUACGUGCAGGAAGUCCCAUAACAAUUCUGUUUUGAAUUGUGGCUGCUGUUAUGUUGAUGACACUGUAGCCAAGUCUGCAUUGAGCAGAAUCUCUCAAAUUGCAGUAAAUGAGUAGUUAGCCUGUGAUGCAGUCAGACUAUCAGGAUCAUCCCUUUUGUAGUCUUUGAUCGUGUUUUUGGGAUCUUUUAUGAUGAAUUGAACCAGUAGAAGGGCCUUGGUUUAUGAAAUCAGCGGAAAGACAGACCUUGGCUAAUGUUGAACUCCUCAAUACUGGGCUCAAGUGUGUGUCUGCCUGGCCUAUAUUAACGUCCUGUGGGAGGGUGUGGAUCUAUAACUGACCAAGAGGCUGAGUCUGUCAUUGAGACAAGUGUUAGAAAAAUCUCUUUAUUUUCUUUGUUUUUACUUAUGAAAUGUUUCUUGCACAUUGUCCCAUGUUCAGCUUGCCCCUUUCCUUCCCCCCCCCCCCCCCCCCACCCCCAAACCUUAAUACUUUAUGUUCCUGAUGAUAGAGACGGGUUCUCAACUUUUGUCUCAUGGAUCAUUGGACUCCCCUUGAGUACCAGGCAAGUUUGACCAGUUGGAGAUCAAUCUGCAACAUCAGAUUUAUACCUGAGCAGGAAGUUCAAGAUCUGUCCCACAAUCCAUCCCUUGCAUACACCAGUUUCUUCAUGGCUCAGGUACGGAGCAGUGGGGUGGGAGGGUGGGGAGGGGCGGUAGACGUCAAGACCUGUGCUAGACCCUCUCGCUGAGCCCCCAAUGUGUAAUGCCCCAGUGCAUCACGUCAUACCCUCUGUUGAUUGAUACUCAAAUCCAAACUCCUCCUCCUCCUCCUCCUCCCCGCCCAGUUGAGCUCUAUAACAUUCCUCCUAACGAAAACUCUCUAAGAGCAGCGAUUUUCCCAGGUGGUAAACAAUCACAGCCACAUUUAGGUAAUUCUCUCUCCGCAUCGGAUGCAGUUGUGAAUCAUGCCACCAUCAGCCUCAUGACUAUAUUAAUACACUUCUACCUCGGAAGACUGAAAAUAUACUUCAAAUGUUAUUAUAAUGUUGGUGCUUUCUACAGUUACAAUGAUUUGAAACAAAGUUUGAAUCUUGUGUCCUGUUGCACCACUAUCCUGCUGAUUUAAGGUAGAUCUGAGCACUGAAAUGCUAUUUGAGUCAUUGAUGUCAAGUUUGUCUCAGGAUUUGUGAAUACUGCUAUAAAACCUGUCAAUGUUGUCAGGGCAUGUUACAAUAUCCUCUUGUCAAUGAGCAAUACGUUUUGGGAAUAUGUGCAGUUGUGAUUAUUUGUAUCUUUUCCUGUACAGUAUCAAUAAAAUGGUUCCAAUUGGGGGAGAAAAGUC